UAAUUUAUAGUUAUCUUAUUAACUUAUCAAUGUGCGUUUGGAUUGGAAUUAAUCAUUUAUAGUCAUGGAUAAGAUAAACAACCUUCAUAUAAAAACACUAAACGAAAUAUAAUCGUAGUUUAGUGUUGGGACAAUUACCACCAUGCGUGUAUUAAUUGCUUUAUUAGCGACCCUGGCUCUCGCUGCAGCCGCGUCGAAUAGUCAACAGAGAAUUGUUGGUGGAUCUGUAACGACCAUCAAUCAGUAUCCAGAGAUUGCCGCUCUAUUAUUUUCCUGGGGCACAUCCGGACAUGUACAGGACUGUGGCGGCACCAUCCUUAACCUAAGAUCCAUUCUGACUGCUGCUCACUGUACCAUUGGUCACCCGGCACACAGGUGGCAAACGCGUGUGGGAUCCACCUUCUCCAACUGGGGUGGUGUGGUACAUGCUUCAUCGCUUAUCAUCAAUCACCCACAGUACAACACUAUUACUUUCGAUAAUGACAUCUCCAUGAUCCGUACUUCUGCCAAUAUUGCAUUUAAUAAUGCCGUUCAACCUGGAAGUAUUGCUGGUGCCAACUAUUUCCUUGCGGACAACCAAGUAGUCUGGGCUGCUGGUUGGGGAAUUCAACAAAUCGGCGGUCCAUUAUCUGAUCAACUGAGACACGUCCAAAUAUGGACCGUGAACCAAGCAGUUUGCAGAACUCGUUAUGCGGCGGUAGGCGUCACGAUUACCGACAACAUGUUGUGCUCCGGCUGGCUCGACGUUGGAGGUCGUGACCAGUGCCAGGGUGACUCUGGUGGUCCACUUUACCAUAAUAGAGUCGUCGUCGGCGUGUGCUCGUUUGGCUUUGGAUGUGCAAUGGCUCACUUUCCUGGUAUCAACGCUCGCGUCACUCGUUACACUCAAUGGAUACAGAACAAUGCUUAAUGGUUUUCAC